AUGGCCUCUCAGACGCGUGACGCCAGCUCCAAACCAGGCGUGCAAGAGCCCCGUCCCAGCUCGUCUGUUCUUCUGCUCUCGCCAACAAAUGAGAUAUUGCUGCUGCAUCGAGUAAAGACCUCGACGUCAUUUGCAUCGGCGCAUGUCUUCCCAGGCGGGAACCUAGAUCCACUCCACGAUGUCGACGACGGUGAUAUUCCCGGCCCCGAGAGCGCCGAGAGACACCGGGACGGCCCAGCCUACAGAAUGGGCGCUAUAAGAGAGACGUUUGAAGAGACGGGGAUCCUGCUGGCGACCAAAAACGGCGCGUUGGUGAACCUGUCCGCCGAACAGAGGGACGAGGCGAGGAAGAAUAUCCACGGAAACAAAGUCAAGUUUGGCGACUUUCUGAAGUCGAUUGGCGCCGUGGCCGACACAGCCGGCCUGAUCCCCUUCACGCGCUGGAUCACGCCGACCAAUGUGCCCAAGCGCUUCACCACGCAAAUGUACCUCUACCUGCUCCCCAUAUCCAAGAGAUCGGUGCCGUCGGAGAUUCUGCUGCCCACUCCGGACGGCGGCGUCGAGCACACGGCCGCACAGUUCGCGCCGUCGCAGUCGUGGCUGGACAAGGCCGCCGACGGUUCCAUCAUCCUCUUCCCGCCGCAGGUGUACCUCAUGAAGAUACUCACUCGGUUCCUGACGGGGUCGACGUCUGCCCUGGAAGAAGGCCCGCUGCACUACACGGCGCAGCGGAAGAAGCUGGUUUCGUUCCUGAGGAGGAGGGUGACUGCGGAGACGGACAGGGGCAAGCAGCAUCCCACGGCGACGAUUUCAUGGGCCGACAAAGUGAUAAGCCCGUAUCACUUGCUGUUCAGAGAGGAGGACGGUCGCGUGGUGCUGGCGCUGGAUAAGCCCGGCCCCGAGCUGGAGGGCAGUGAUAGGGGCGGUGAUUGGGAGAGGGUUGCGUUGGUCAAGUUUGGGCGAGGAGGCCCCUCCGAGGUCGAGAUUAGAAUGAGGGAGGAGGUGUUGGCGGAGCAGAGGGCGAAGCCGGAUACCAGGUUAUAG